GCUGCCCUGCGCUCCCCGCCGGGCCCUGCUGACCGCCCCCUUGCCUUGCAGGACAUCCGGGACUGCCCGGGACCGCUGAGCGCCCUCACGGAGCUCAACGCCGCCGUGAAGGAGAAGUUCCAGCAGCUCCGCGGCCGCCUCCAGGAGCUUGAGCAGAUGGCAAAGGAGCAAGAUAAAGAAUCAGAGAAGCAAGCCUUGCUGCAGGAGGUGGAAAACCAUAAAAAGCAAAUGCUCAGCAACCAGGCAGCUUGGAGAAAGGCAAAUCUAGCGUGCAAAAUUGCUAUUGACAACUCUGAGAAGGAUCAGCUGCUGCAGGGAAGAGACACCCUGAGACAAAGAAAGACUACAAAGGAGAGUCUGGCAGAGAGUGCAAGCAACAUCACAGAGAGUCUGAUGGGCAUUAGCAGGAUGAUGUCCCAGCAAGUCCAGCAGAGCGAGGAGACUGUGCAGACCCUAGCCAAUUCUUCACGAACCAUCCUGGAAGCAAACGAAGAAUUUAAGUCCAUGUCUGGGACAAUUCAGUUGGGAAGAAAGCUAAUAACAAAGUACAACCGCAGGGAACUGACAGACAAGCUUCUCAUCUUUCUCGCCCUUGCCUUAUUCCUGGCCACCGUGCUCUAUAUUUUGAAGAAAAGACUCUUUCCAUUUUUGUAAGAGUCCAAGCUCUUACUGAACUGGUCUGAAAUAUCAGGGAUGGUGUAAUAAUGGUAAGGCUUACAGUAAAAGGGACAUGGCAAUAGCUGGAACAGCAUUAGAGCAGGCACGACUUUAUACUGACUCAAUGGAGUGUGGGACCUGCCUUAGAAGAACUUAAAUGAACACAAAUCA